AUGGCACCCUCCCUGCAUCCUCUCAUCGACAACGGUCUAACCAAAGGCCAACCAAACUUCACAGGCGGCAAACUCCAUUGCCACUGCCCCAGCAACAAAGUCGAAGUAACAUUAGGCUCCAACGUCCUCCACAACCACGCCUGCGGCUGCUCCAAAUGCUGGAAACCAGCCGGUACGCUUUUCUCCGUGAUUGGUGUCAUCCCCGUCGACAAAGUACAGGUUACCGCCAACGGCGACAAGUUGCACGUCGUUGACUCGUCGGCUGUCAUCCAGCGAAACGCAUGCUCGCAGUGUGGUGUUCAUUUGUAUGGGCGUAUCCACGUCGAUCAUCCGUUCAAGGGUCUAGACUUUGUGCAUGUUGAACUUUCGGAUACAAAGGGGUGGCAGGAACCACAGUUUGCAGCCUUUGUGUCUAGUAUUAUUGAGCAAGGGUUCAAUCCGGAGGGAAUCGAUGAGGUUCGUAAUAAGUUCCAGAGCGUUGGGUUGGCAACGUACGACUCGUUGAGUCCGGCUUUGAUGGAUGCAAUUGCUACUUGGACGGCCAAGAAGAAUGGGAAGUUGUAG